AUGCAGAGCCCAGUACUAACACGCAUCCGUUGGGCCGGGACGCCAUUCCUUUUCUCGCAUCAAAAUCUUCCGAGAGCUCUCACUCUUACUCCAACUGGUAUUCUCCUUUUCCCUCCUCCGUCUUCUCUAAUCAUUUCCCCCAACGCUCUGGUCAACGGCGGCAAAAGCAAGGGCGGGCGAGCCGGGAGAGAGCGGGGCCACUUUCAUAAUUACUCCUUUAGGAGUAGUAGAAGUAGGCGAGUUGGAGGUUGCGUGGCGAUGCCUUGUUCGUCGAAGGUGAAGGUCUCUGGUGGCGGCGGAGGUGGAGCCGACGAGAACGGCGCUCUCCGGAAUUUCAAGCUCAACGAGUCCACUUUCUUGGCUUCUCUGAUGCCGAAGCAGGAGAUUGGCGCUGAUCGGUUCAUCGAGGCUCAUCCUCGCUACGAUGGCCGCGGCGUCGUCAUUGCGAUUUUCGACUCCGGAGUGGACCCGGCGGCGGCUGGAUUACAAGAGACGACGGAGGGGAAGCCCAAGGUCUUGGAUGUUAUUGAUUGUACCGGAAGCGGUGAUGUCGACACUUCAAAAGUGGUUAAGGCUGAUGCUGAUGGCUGCAUUCGUGGAGCUUCAGGUGCUUCUUUGGUUGUGAAUUCUUCGUGGAAAAAUCCCUCUGGUGAAUGGCAUGUGGGUUAUAAGUUGGUAUAUGAGCUAUUUACUGACACAUUAACUUCCCGAUUGAAGAAAGAAAGAAAAAAGAAAUGGGACGAGAAAAACCAAGAAGAAAUUGCCAAGGCUGUGAAGCAUCUUGAUGAAUUUGAUCAGAAAUACCCCAAAUCAGAUGAUGCAAACUUAAAAAGGAGCCGCGAAGAUCUCCAGAACAAAGUUGAUAUACUCCGGAAGCAAGCUGAUAACUAUGAUGACAAGGGGCCUGUCAUAGAUGCUGUGGUGUGGCAUGAUGGAGAGUUGUGGAGGGCUGCUCUCGACACACAAAGCCUUGAGGACGAUCCUGAUUGUGGAAAACUAGCCGACUUUGUGCCACUUACCAACUUCAGGACUGAGAGGAAGUUCGGUGUAUUUAGCAAAUUAGAUGCAUGCACAGCUGUUCUUAAUAUUUACGACGAGGGCAAUGUCUUAAGCAUUGUAACAGACAGUUCCCCUCAUGGAACUCAUGUUGCUGGUAUUGCCACUGCAUUCCACCCUAAGGAGCCUCUUUUGAAUGGCAUUGCACCAGGAGCACAAUUAAUAUCUUGCAAAAUAGGAGAUUCACGUCUAGGUUCAAUGGAGACAGGCACUGGCUUAACCAGGGCACUGAUAGCAGCUGUUGAGCACAAAUGCGAUCUUAUCAACAUGAGUUAUGGAGAACCUGCAUUACUUCCAGAUUAUGGCCGCUUUGUUGAUCUUGUAAAUGAAGUGGUCAAUAAACAUCGUCUUACAUUUGUGAGUAGUGCUGGGAAUAGUGGUCCAGCAUUAAGUACUGUUGGUGCCCCUGGUGGGACAAGUUCGAGCAUUAUAGGUGUUGGGGCUUAUGUUUCCCCUGCAAUGGCUGCCGGUGCUCAUUCUGUUGUGGAAGCACCUGCUGAAGGCCUUGAGUACACUUGGUCUAGUCGAGGACCGACAGUUGAUGGGGAUCUUGGAGUCUCUAUAAGUGCUCCUGGUGGGGCGGUCGCUCCUGUCCCUACGUGGACUCUUCAAAAGCGCAUGCUCAUGAAUGGCACAUCAAUGGCAUCUCCAUCUGCUUGUGGUGGAACUGCAUUGCUCAUUAGUGCGAUGAAGGCAGAGGGUGUCUGCGUAAGCCCAUACACUGUAAGGAAGGCUCUUGAGAAUACCGCUGAACCUGUUGGUCAAUCGUUGGCUGAUAAACUAACCACUGGUCAAGGGCUGAUGCAAGUUGACAAGGCAUAUGAAUACAUAUGUCUCUCCCCAGGCAUUCCUAGUGUCUGGUAUGAUGUAAAGGUCAACCAAUCAGGCAAAUCGACUCCUGUUUCCAGAGGCGUCUAUUUGAGGGAGGCUGCUGCUUGCCAACAGUCUACUGAGUGGGCUGUGCUAGUGGAACCGAAGUUUCACGAAGGGGUGAGUAACCUGGAAGAGCUAGCUCCCUUUGAGGAGUGCAUUCAGCUACAUUCUACUGAUAAGGCAGUGGUGAAGCCUCCUGAAUAUCUCCUUCUAACCAACAAUGGACGUAGCUUCAAUAUAGUAGUUGAUCCUUCCAAGUUGAGCUCUGGGCUUCAUUAUUAUGAAGUCUAUGGAGUUGAUUGCAAGGCACCAUGGCGAGGUCCUAUUUUCAGAAUCCCGAUCACGAUUACAAAGCCUAUGACUGUUGAGAAUCGGCCUCCUCGGGUUUCGUUUUCAAAGAUGUCAUUUCUGCCAGGUCACAUUGAAAGAAGGUUUAUCGAAGUGCCACUUGGUGCUAGUUGGGUUGAGGCGAUUGUACGAGCAUCAGAGUUUGAUACUACAAGACGAUUUUUCAUCGACACUCUGCAGAUUUGUCCACUUCAGAGACCAAUCAAAUGGGAGAGUGUUGUGACAUUUUCUUCUCCUGGUGCCAAAACCUUUGCUUUUCCUGUGGUGGGUGGGCAAACAAUGGAACUAGCUGUUUCUCAGUUUUGGUCAAGUGGCCUGGGGAGUCAUGAAGGCACUUUGGUGGACUUUGAGAUUGCCUUCCAUGGGAUUGACGUCAGUAAGGAAGAAAUUAUACUUGAUGGAAGUGAUGCACCUGUUAGGAUUGACGCUGAAGCUCUAUUGGCGUCUGAAAAGCUGUCUCCUGUUGCUGUUCUGAACAAGCUAAGAAUUCCAUUUCGACCAGUAGAUGCUAAACUUAUCACGCUAACGGGAAGUCGGGACAAACUACCCUCAGGGAAACAGACACUGGCACUGACAUUGACAUACAAGAUUAAAUUGGAAGAUGGAGCUGAAGUGAAGCCUCAAGUUCCUCUGCUUAAUAAUCGGAUAUAUGAUACCAAAUUUGAGUCGCAGUUCUAUAUGAUUUCUGAUUCCAACAAGCGUGUAUAUUCCAUGGGUGAUGUUUAUCCAAAUGCUUCAAAACUUCCUAAGGGUGACUACACAUUGCAGUUGUAUCUAAGGCAUGAUAACGUGCAGUAUUUAGAAAAAUUGAAGCAGUUGGUGUUGUUCAUCGAGAAAACUUUGGAAGAUAAGGAUGUGAUUCGGUUGAGCUUUUUCUCUGAACCCGAUGGCCCUAUAAUGGGCAAUGGAGGUUAUAAAUCCUCAGAGUUGGUCCCAGGGAAGAAGGAAGCUAUAUAUUUGGCUCCACCAUCGAAAGACAAGCUCCCUAAGAAUGCUCCACAAGGAUCGGUGUUACUAGGAACAAUCUCCUAUGGUAGGCUGUUGUCUGGACAAGAAGCAGGAAAAAGCGGGCAGAAGAGUCCUGUAUCCUAUCCGAUCUCUUAUGUUGUGCCGCCAAAUAAGGGUGACGAGGACAAGCAGAAAGGUUCUUCAGCUUCCAACAAAACUGUUUCUGAACGUUUGGAGGAAGAGGUUCGAGAUGCAAAGAUAAAGGUUUUGGGAAGUUUAAAGCAAGAGACCGAGGAAGAACGCUCAGAAUGGAAAAAAUUGUCAGAUUCCCUAAGGUCUGAAUACCCAAAAUAUACUCCACUGCUUGCUAAGAUUCUGGAGGGCUUACUUUCUCGAAAUAACAUCACGGACAAAAUUAAGCACAAUGAAGAGGUCAUAGCAGCAGCAAAUGAGGUGGCCAGCAGUGUCGACAAAGAAGAAUUGGCGAAAUUCUUCUCUCUCAAGCCUGACCCAGAGGACGACGAGGCAGAGAAAAUGAAAAAGAAGAUGGAGGCAACAAGAGAUCAAUUAGCAGAUGCACUUUACUCAAAGGGCCUUGCCCUCUCGGAUAUUGAAUCCCUCAAGAAGGGCGAGAAAGCUGAAACUGUGGCUGUAGCAGAAGGCACCAUAGAUGUGGAGUGGACAGAUGUGCGGACGGUAACAGAUUCUGGUGGGAAACCAGAUCUGUUCGAAGAGACUUUCAAGGAGCUCCAGAAAUGGGUUGAUGUCAAGUCCUCUAAAUAUGGCACCCUCACUGUCCUCCGUGAGAAGCGUCGUGGAAGGCUUGGUACUGCGCUAAAGGUGCUUAAUGAUAUGAUCCAAGAAGACGGUGAUCCUCCGAAGAAGAAACUCUACGACAUGAAGCUCUCGUUGCUGGAGGAUAUCGGGUGGACUCAUGUCGCUGCCUACGAGAAGCAAUGGAUGCACGUCCGGUUUCCUCCAAGCUUGCCUCUUUUCUAG